AUGCCUAGUAGGCUUUCAUACUCAUACCAAAUGCAAGUAACUAAUGAUUUUCAUCCGAAUGCCUUACUCAACACAGUCAAAUCCAGAGUACCUAGAUCAAUCAUCAAUGAAAACCAAGGUGGAGAUCAUAGUAGAUCAACGUCAAUAGUAGAGAAGAAAGAUCCAAUAUUAAGCGAAUUAACAAGAUUGCAAGUACAUGAACCAGAGUUAACAAUAAAAGCAACUUAUGAUGAUGAUAUGGUGGAAUAUUCAGCAAAUUUACAGGAAUUGUUAUAUUUAUUAGUUGAAGAAAAAGAAAUGGAUGAUCAUAUAAGAAUGAAUAUAGAACAAUCAUUAGCUGAUAUUAUAUCGUAUUUGCCCAAUGUUGAAGAAGAAACGCCCGAAGAGUUGCCAAAAUUUAAAAAAGAUACAUCAUACAAAUUUAAACAAAAUAUUCCAAAACCUAAAAAACCAUCAACUAUGACAUAUCCAAAUUCAUAUUUAUCAAAAAUUUUGAUUGAUAAUUUCGAAUUAUUACUUAAAUUUUCAUCAACUUAUUUUAAUUUAUCAUUAAGUUCAAAAGUUACAAAAUAUAUAGUUGAAUUAAUUUAUCAAUUAAACUAUUGGGAAAUUGUUCAUUUAUCACAUUCAAAAGAUGAGAAGUUUUUAAAUUUUUUAAGACUUGUUGGAUUUGAAGUUAUUGAUACACUAUUCGGAUUUAUUAUUAAACCUCCUGAAAAUUAUUUAAAUGAUAGUAUGUUACAAGGAUUGCAGUAUCCUUGGCCUUAUCCAUUCUACAACUACAGUUAUCAUUCAUUUAAUUCUAGGGUGGAAGAUGAAAAAUUAAAAAAUGUGAAAAUAAAUCCAUAUAUUGAUAUUAGAUUGAAAAAAUCUCCAAUAUUAAGUGAUAAGAAUAGAAGUAGAAAAGUAAGAAAAUUAUUGAUGAGAGAAGAAGAUGAUGAUUUAAUUCGUGAAACUAGAAGAAAAUUAUCGAGUACUGCAUCCCUUAUUGAUAAUGAGGAAAGUGGUGAAAGAGAUCUGGUAACUCCUAGUAUUAUGGAUGUUGAAGAUGAUGAAACUGAUGACCAUGAUCUUAGUAAAACAAUGAGUGAUUCAGAAUCAUUGGAUGAUGACGAGGACAAUGAUGAUGAAGAAAAUGAUGAGACCUUAAAUAAAUUUAAAUCAUCUAAGAUUGAAAAUGAUCAAACUGAAGAUGAGAUCGAUGAAGAUAAUGAAGAUGAUGACUAUAACGAUAUUGAUGAUGAAGAUUUUUUUGAUAGAAAGAAAUCAAUUGAAAAAAGACCUUUACCUCCAAAAGUUGGUUCGUCUACAAAUAAUGAUCCUAACUCAGAUUUUUUAAAACCACAAAAAUUUGCAAAUACUAUUCCACAAGGUGCUUUUAAAAUUGCUUCCUCAACUCAAAAUGAAAAGUCAAUCUCAACCGAUUUGUCACAAAAAAAGAAAGAAGUCACUGCAAAACCGCAAAAACCAAAAAAUCCAACAACAAAACCAAAAGCAAAAAAGAAAACUGAAGUUGAAUCAGAAUCAAGCAGUAAACAAAUACCUGCGGAACAUUUUAUUAAUGGUUUUGGAUCGUCUAGAGUUUUAUUUGAUCCAGAUACCCACGAAAAUUCAUUACAAAAUUUAAGAAUUGAUGAAACAAAUCCAGAUUAUUUAAUUACAGAAAAGGGAAAACGAAUACCAAGGACAGGAAUAAUACAUCAAUGUCAAUUAAUAGAUCCUAACACAAAUUUCAAAUGUUAUAAAGUAUUUUAUGGUAGAAAUGAAUUAUUAAGACAUCAAGAAUUUGUACAUGCAACAAAAAAGAAAAUUUAUAAAUGUAUAUAUUGUUUACAAACUGGUUUAAAAAUUCAAAGUUAUCCACGUCAUGAUUCAUUAGCAAGACAUAUUAGAAGAAAACAUGGUAUAACUGGGAAAGAAAAUAAACAAGCAGUUAAUUAUGCAAAAGAAAAUUGUGAUAUAAUUGAUGAUAUUAGAUUUCCAAUAUUCAAUGAUAUUGUUACACCAUCUACUGAAGCUUUACAACCUGGUGAAAUACCUUUAAGUGAAACUCAGAAAAUAAGUUUAACAUUAGGAAGAAAAAGAAAUCAUGGUAAUGCAAAAGGACCAAGAAAGAAAAAAGAAUCAACAAAUGAUCAACCAGUUGAAGGAUCAUCAUCAUCUAUAUCACCACAAGCUAAAUCAGUGAAUACUGAAGAAGAUAAUGAUAGUGAUGGAGUUAAAUUAAAAAAACAAAAAUCACAAGAAUUAAAAAGACCAAAUGAAACGCUACUUUAUUCAGGUGUUAAUAAACCAGGUAGAUCAGGUAGAAAUUAUAUUGUGAUGAAUAUAAAUGCUGAUGAUAUUGAUCCAACAAAAACUCCAGAACCUUCAAAAAGGCCAAAAAAAAAUCUAACCGAUUCAACUAAAACUCCAGACACAUUAAAUAAAUCGAAUAAAAAUCAACAACCAAGUCCUGAUCAACAACAAAUUUUACAACAAAAAUUAGAAAAAGAAUUAUUUACAAGAGUAAAUAAAUUACCAAAUUUAUCAAAUUUUAAUCAAUCAUCAACUUCAAAAAAUCAACCUUUUUCAAUUCAUAUGGGUCCGAAUUCAACUAAUCAAUUAUCUACUAAUGUUUCACAAUCUAGAAGAAAUUCUUCUAUUGAUUCAACAAGCAAAAAAGUUGAUGAUUAA